GUUAAGCGGAGCUUUGCCUGCAAUGACAGGACCACGUGUGGAGCAAGUGAACCUUUAUCGGGCGCGUGAACUUUCCAAGCUCUCAAAGCAGCUGGUUGGUGUCAUGACAUGGCGGUGGUUUUUCUUUUACUGAGAUUCACCCCAAAUCGGACUCAUUCAAGAAACAGACACUCACUGGGCUCUGGGCUCGUGUAAAUGGGCGAAAUUACCUCCCGGGAAUCGACUCAAGUGAGGAGGGCAGCCUUAUUUACAUCUUAUAGCUGGGGCGACCAUUAAACAGUCAGCACACAUCACUAUUCCGUUGACUACAGCGGUUUUGCGCGUCUGUUCAUAAUAAUGAUCAGUUUGCUACACGCACACACUCGUACACACGCACACGCACACACGUGUGUGUGUGUGCGAGCGUGUGUAUAUAUAACACAAUGUGUCAAGUGUAGAGAGUUGAGGACGGGCACCUAGACGCAGAAGGGUUGUGGAGUGACGAUGCUGCUGUGGCUGCUGCUCGUGUGGGUGGCUGGGGUGGUGGUGAACACACGUCUGGGAUCUGCUAGUCCCUUCAGAGAGGAGAAUGAGGUCGAGCUGCGAGAGGGUGGUAAAUUGUCCCACAUGCUGUCGAAACGACACAAAGGUGGGGAAACGGGCGGCGCACCAUGCGUGUUCCCCUACAUUUACGGCGGACGCAAGUACGACUCGUGCACGCUGGACGGGCGCAGCGAUAACCGCUGGUGGUGCGCCACCACGGGCAACUACAACACCGACGGCUACUUUGGCUUCUGCUCCUUCAACACUCUGCCAACAAUCAUGGGGCACGGCGGAGGAACGGCGUGCGUGUUCCCGUUCAUCUACAAUGGAAAAACGUACAAAACGUGCACGCUGGACGGGCGAACUGAUGGGCGCUGGUGGUGCGCCCACACUGGCAACUACGACACCGACAAAAAAUACGGCUUCUGCACAACAGCUGGCAUUGUUGGCUUGGGCAGUUCGGAAUCACGGGCAACGGGGCCGACCCCGCGGUGCGUCUUCCCCUUCGUGUACGCGAAGCAGAGCUACAAUGGGUGCACACAGGCCGGCCGCGACGACGGUCGCUGGUGGUGCUCCACCACCGACAACUACGACAUAAACCGGACAUGGGCCUACUGCUCCAACAAUGCCAUGAUGACGUCUGGCGGCAACGGGGGCAGCGCCGCCUGCAUGUUUCCGUUCCUGUACGGCGACAAGGCGGUGUACGAGUGCACGCUGCUGGGGCGCACCGACUCGCACCUCUGGUGCGCCACGACGCCCAACUACCGCACCGACAAGAAAUACGGAUUCUGCGGCCGCGCGGGCGGCUACUUGGAGGAGCCCUCGUGCAUCUUCCCGUUCGUCUACAAUGGGCAGAGCUACAGCGGCUGCACUCAGGACGGCCGCACCGACGGCAAGUGGUGGUGCUCCACCACCGCCAACUACGACAGCGACAAGAAGUGGAUCGUCUGCCCCGUCGCGGUGGCUACAGCUGUGCCAACUGUCGCCCCAACCGCCACCGUUCAGCCCAAAGUCGUCGUCUCGGCGGCCGCAGGGAACCGCGAGGCGGACUUCGUGUUCGUGGUGGACGGCUCGGAAGGCGUGUCAGCGGCCAACUUCGCGUUGCUGCGCCAGGUGCUCGCGCGCAUCGUGGCCGGCAUGGACGUGCGCGCCGAGGCCACGCGUGUCGCCGUGGUGACGGUGGGGGGCGCGCCCAGGCUCAGCGUCGCCCUCAACUCUUUCAGCGACAAGGCGCAUCUCGUGGCGGCCAUUGAGCGGCUCGGCCACCCGGGUGGCGCUCGCAACCUGGGUCACGCGCUGCAGUUCCUGGUCAGCGACGUCCUGCGUCCGGACAAGGGCUCACGCAUCCAGCAGGGAGUCCCGCAGAUGAUUUACGUGAUCAUGGGAGGAAAGUCUGAGGACGACGUCGCCAUGGCAGUGGGGCAGUUGCGCACGAUGGGCGUGCGCGUGUCGGCGUUCGGAGCCGGAUACCAGGACUCGGCGGCGCUGGGUUCCAUCGCUACGUCCGGCUCGCUGGUGCGCAGCUGGAGCAGCUUCCAGGCUCUGCUGUCCGACAGUGCCAGCCUCACCGGCAAUGCCAUCUACUUAUCGGAGUCGUCGGCGAGCAUCGUGUUCGUGGUGGACGCAUCGGGCGCCGUCAAGGCGGACGAGCUGCAGGCCGUGGGCCGCUUCAUCGUGAGCAUGGCGCACCGCUUGAGCCUGGGCGAGGGGCAUACGCGCCUCGGCGUGGUGCUCUACGGCGCGACGCCCUCCACCCUCGUGGUGCCCGGGGAGCUCAGCUCGGCGCAGCAAGUGGAGGCGAAGCUCGCCGGUGGCUUGCGCCUCAUGGGCGGCGCCACCAACACGGGCGCCGCCCUCACGUUCGCCCUCAACAGCGUCAUGACGGCAGAGCCCCCCAAAAUACCCAAGAGCAUCGUGCUGGUGACGUGGGGCCCAUCUAGCGACGACGUCUCUGCAGUGCCGGCGCUGCUUCAGCAGCACGCCGUGAGCAUGCUGGCUAUCGGCGUGCGCGGCGCCAACCAGGGUCAGCUGGACGUGCUCGCGUCGCGUGGAGGGAAGGCGUUUCAGAUUUCCAGCGGAUCCCUGCUGCUGCAGCUGCAGGGACAGAUUCUGACCAGGACCCUCUAUAUCGCCAGUGACGUGACAAUCCAUUACCUCGACCGUGGAAAGAUUGAAAUGGAGGAAUACGAGGAAGGCGCAGUCAUCAACUGUGCAGAUGCUGAUCUGAAUGAACUCAAGAACUCUGGAUUCAACGUGGUCUGCCAGAAGAACACAGAGGUUUGGAAAUGAGUCUGAGGGGUUCUACCCGUCGCCGCACGCUCGAGGCUCGGCUCACGAGCGGCCCGGACAGCCUCCUACCCCUCCCUCGUGCCGUGGUCUCUCCUCGGCGACGAGACAACCCCAUGAGCCUCCUCCAGCCUCGCCGACGGUUGACGUGCAGAUGCACGGCACGCGGUGCGAGAGGCGCCACGGCCUCUAAAGGUCCACGGUCUUAAAGCGUAUUCAAGCAGCUUAAAUAACCUAAUGGUGUGAAAUUUUUAGGUAUAACGUCUUAGUAAUACAGUGCAUGUUUGGUAUCCGCUAGUUUUUUUUAUUUAAACUUUUAAUCGCCACUGAAUAGAGGGAAGCGUUUCAAACGGACGGGCAAUGUAUAGCUAUGGCACAAUGCGAAGGUGCAUGCAUGAGAACUUUGUGUUCGGAGCGGUAUUCAGUGGCGGUUUCGAUGGAGUUUACUCACCUGGAGCUACAAUAAAUGGUUUGCGGGGA